AUGACGACCUCGCCGCCGCCCGCCGAGCAACAACAGCAGGAGGAAGAGGAGGUGCUGGUGCCGCACGGCCCGCAACAGGAGCUGCCCAAUGGAGCGCAGCCAAUGGAAGUUGUGCCUGCUGAGCCAGCUGCUACUGUGGAAAACCAACAGAUAGAGGAUCCACCAAUCUCGAGAUUUACUUGGACCAUUGAGAAUCUAUCAAGAGUUAGCACGAAAAAGCUCUACUCCGAAAUUUUUGUUGUUGGAGGCUACAAGUGGCGAAUUUUGAUUUUCCCUCGGGGAAAUAAUGUUGAAUUCUUAUCUAUGUAUUUGGAUGUAGCUGAUUCUGGAGUCUUGCCCUAUGGAUGGACUAGAUAUGCACAAUUCAGCCUCUCCGUGGUUAAUCAGAUUCACAACAAGUUCACAAUAAGAAAAGAAACACAACAUCAGUUCUCUGCUCGAGAAAGUGAUUGGGGUUUCACUUCAUUUAUGCCGUUGGGUGAACUCUACAACCCCAGUAGAGGUUAUCUUGUAAAUGAUACUUGUAUAGUGGAAGCUGAAGUUGCCGUUUGUAAAGUUGUUGACUAUUGGAGUUAUGACUCUAAAAAGGAAACUGGCUAUGUUGGUCUUAAAAAUCAGGGUGCUACCUGCUAUAUGAAUUCUCUUCUUCAGACGCUGUACCACAUUCCGUAUUUCAGAAAGGCUGUUUAUCACAUGCCCACCACCGAGAAUGAUAUGCCCUCGGGAAGCAUCCCGUUAGCUCUACAGUCACUCUUUUAUAAGUUGCAGUAUAAUGACAGCAGUGUCUCUACAAAGGAGCUCACAAAAUCAUUCGGGUGGGACAUGCAUGAUUCAUUUAUGCAACAUGAUGUUCAAGAAUUGAACAGAGUUCUUUCUGAGAAGUUGGAAGAUAAGAUGAAGGGAACUGUUGUGGAGGGCACAAUACAACAAUUGUUUGAAGGGCACCACAUGAACUACAUUGAGUGUAUCAAUGUGGAUUUCAAAUCAACAAGAAAGGAAUCCUUCUAUGAUCUCCAGCUUGAUGUCAAAGGUUGUCAGGAUGUCUACGCUUCAUUUGAUAAGUACGUAGAAGUGGAGCGUCUGGAAGGUGACAACAAGUAUCAUGCCGACAAGCAUGGCCUGCAGGAUGCGAAGAAAGGAGUUCUUUUUAUCGACUUCCCUCCUGUUCUGCAACUUCAGCUAAAACGUUUUGAAUAUGAUUUCAUGCGUGACACGAUGGUGAAGAUAAAUGAUCGCUAUGAAUUCCCACUUCAAUUGGAUCUUGAUAGAGAUGAUGGAAAAUAUUUAUCUCCUGAUGCUGACAGGAAUGUGCGUAAUCUUUAUACCCUUCACAGUGUUCUUGUCCAUAGCGGUGGUGUUCAUGGUGGACAUUAUUAUGCUUUCAUACGACCUACCCUUUCUGAUCAAUGGUUCAAGUUUGAUGAUGAGCGUGUGACAAAAGAAGAUUCAAAGAGGGCACUGGAAGAGCAAUAUGGUGGUGAGGAGGAGCUACCUCAGACAAAUCCUGGCUUGAACAACACUCCCUUCAAGUUUACUAAAUAUUCAAAUGCAUACAUGCUUGUGUACAUUCGUGAAAGUGACAAGGACAAAAUUAUCUGCAAUGUGGAUGAGAAAGAUAUAGCAGAGCAUCUUUGGAUUAGACUGGAAAAGGACCGUGAAGAGAAGGAACGCCGGAAGAAGGAAAAAGCUGAGGCACACCUCUAUACCAUAAUCAAGGUUGCAAGGGAUGAUGACUUAAAAACUCAGAUAGGGAAAGACAUAUAUUUUGAUCUUGUUGAUCAUGAUAAAGUCCCAAGCUUCCGUAUCCAAAAGCAGAUGACCUUUGCUCAGUUCAAGGAGGAGGUAGCAAAAGAGUUUGGCAUUCCUACACAGUUUCAACGAUUUUGGCUGUGGGCCAAGCGGCAAAACCAUACUUACCGACCUAACAGGCCAUUGUCUCCUCAAGACGAAGCACAUACUGUUGGGCAGCUAAAGGAACUGGUGAACAAGGCCCACAAUGCUGAACUGAAAUUGUUCUUGGAAGUUGAACUUGGACUGGACCUUAAACCUCUUCCUCUUCCAGACAAGACUAGAGAAGAUAUAUUUCUUUUCUUCAAACUCUAUGAACCUGAAAAGGAACAUCUGCGGUACGUUGGUAGGCUCUUUGUAAAGGCUUCAGGAAGACCACAGGACAUUCUGCCGAAGUUAAGGAUGCUGGCAGGUUUUUCACAAGAUGAUGAUAUUGAACUGUAUGAGGAAAUUAAGUUUGAGCCCAAUGUGAUGUGUGAAUACAUUGAUAACAGGCUUCUGUUUCGAUCUUGUCAGCUUGAAGAUGGGGACAUAAUUUGUUUUCAAAAAUCUUCAAAGCCAGAUAGUGCUGACCGAUAUCGAUUUCCUGACGUCCCAUCCUUUUUGACGUAUAUACGUAACCGACAGGUGGUCCACUUCCGUUCGCUGGAGAAGCCCAAGGAGGACGAUUUUUGCCUCGAGAUGUCAAAGAUUUUCACAUAUGAUCAAGUCGUGGAAAAAGUAGCUGAAAAACUUGGCGUGGAUGACCCAUCGAAAAUUCGGCUUACAUCACAUAAUUGUUAUUCACAGCAGCCCAAGCCUCAACCAAUAAAGUACAGAGGCGUUGAACGCCUACUUGACAUGCUGAUCCAUUAUAACCAGACUUCUGAUAUUCUGUACUAUGAAGUAUUGGACAUACCACUUCCAGAAUUACAAGCGCUGAAGACAUUAAAAGUUACAUAUCAUCAUGCCACAAAAGAUGAGGUGUCAGUUCACAGUAUAAGAUUGCCAAAAAACAGUACUGUUGGUGAUGUGCUAAAUGAUAUUAAAACAAAGGUUGAGUUGUCUCAUCCCAAUGCUGAGCUAAGAUUACUUGAGGUCUUUUAUCACAAGAUAUACAAGGUAUUUGCACCAAAUGAAAAGAUUGAAAACAUUAAUGAUCAGUACUGGACACUGCGUGCAGAGGAGGUUCCAGAGGAGGAGAAAAACCUUGGUCCCUUUGAUCGUUUGAUUCAUGUAUAUCAUUUUACAAAAGAUACUCAAAACCAAACGCAAGUUCAGAACUUUGGAGAGCCUUUCUUUAUGGUUAUCCGUGAGGAUGAGAUCCUAUCUUCUAUCAAAGAACGUAUACAGAAAAAGCUUAAGGUUCCAGAUGAGGAUUUCUCAAAGUGGAAGUUUGCAUACAUUUCACUUGGUCGUCCAGACUAUUUUGAAGAUUCAGAUACUGUAGCCGUAAAAUUUCAGAGAAACAUGUAUGGAGCUUGGGAGCAGUAUCUUGGACUGGAACAUCCAGACACAGCUCCUAGGAAGGCGCACACAAUUAAUCAGAACCGGCAUUCAUUUGAGAGACCUGUAAAAAUUUAUAACUAG